UCUCUGCCCGCGAGCGGAAGGGGCGGGGCCGACGGAGGGUCGGGCGAGCGGGAGCGGAAGGGGCGUGGCCUGCCGCCGGUCAUUGUGGCCAGUGAACGCUGCACGUGCUGUUCCCGGGCUCGCGCUGGCACUCCGGUUGACGGGAAGGUGGGUGGCGCGUCCUGAAGGGACCCCCUUCUCGCCCGCUUUCCGCCGGACAGCCCAGUGCUUCCCCUCGGGCCCGGGCCUACGCUGCGGUUUAACCCGGAAGUUAAAGGAAAGAAGAAGUUACUUGGGAAACUCCUUCCCGAGCACAAAAUCCAGCUGUAUUAAGCCUUUUGUAAGCUAUUUCAGCUCAGAAUGGCAAUGGAAUCCAGAGCAACUUCAACUUUAAAACCUCAGGAUCAUCAAGAAGAAUUAAUACUAGUGAAAAUAGAAGAUAGUAGCUUUUCUUGGAGUCAGAAAUGUAAACAGAAUGGGAGUACCCCAUCUUGCCAAGAAUUGUUUCGCCAGCAAUUCAGGAAGUUCUGCUAUCAUGAAACACCGGGGCCCCGAGAGGCCCUGGGCCGACUCCAGGAACUCUGCUAUCAGUGGCUAAUGCCAGAGUCACACACAAAGGAGCAGAUCCUAGAGCUGCUAGUGCUGGAGCAGUUCCUGAGCAUCCUACCUGAGGAGCUGAAGCUAUGGGUCCAAAAACAUGCUCCAAGAAGUGGUGAGGAAGCUGUGACACUGCUGGAGGAACUGGAGAAAGAGUUUGAUGAUCUAGGGCAGCAGGUCCCCGAUAGUCCACAAGGACCAUGGAAAGAUUUGACAUAUCUCAAAACAUCUCAAGAUUCAACAAGCAUCCAAGUUCGUCCUUUGAAGACACAGCUAAAAUCCUGGAAACCUUGCCUUUCUACUAGAAGUGAUUCUAAGAACAAUGAAACAACAGCAAAAGAAGACAUUUCAAAAGAAAAAUCAGCGGGACUCUCUUGGGAUCCUUCAUUUAGAGGUGUCAGCGAUCACGAAAGCAAUUUAGAGUGGCAGGAAAGACGUUCCCCUCUCCACAGGGGCAAUUUCAGUCAAGUGAUCUUCACACACAAAUCCUUAGCAAAGAGAGACCAUCAGGAUGAAUCUCAAAGAUGUGUAAUUCUAAGUACAAACUCUGUAACAUGUCAGAAAGUUUCUACAGAGGACAGACCUUACAGAUGUGAUAUAUGUGGGCACAGCUUUAAACAGCAUUUCUCUUUAACACAGCAUCAGAGGAUCCAUACUGGAGAAAAGCCCUAUAAAUGUAAUCAGUGUGGGAAGGCCUUUAGUUUGAGGUCUUAUCUUAUUAUUCAUCAGAAAAUCCAUAGUGGUGAAAAGGCAUAUGAAUGUAAUGAAUGUGGGAAAGCCUUCAAUCAGAGCUCAGCCCUCACUAGACAUCGCAAAAUUCAUACAGGUGAGAAAGCUUGUAAAUGCAACGAGUGUGGCAAAGCGUUCAGUCAAAGUUCUUACUUAAUUAUACAUCAGAGAAUUCACACUGGUGAGAAACCCUAUGAGUGUAAUGAAUGUGGGAAGACCUUUAGCCAGAGCUCAAAGCUUAUUAGACACCAGCGAAUUCAUACAGGCGAGAGACCCUAUGAAUGUAAUGAAUGUGGGAAGGCUUUCAAGCAGAGCUCAGAGCUGAUUACCCAUCAGAGGAUACACAGUGGAGAGAAACCCUAUGAAUGUAAUGAAUGUGGAAAAGCCUUCAGUCUGAAUUCAAACCUCAUAAGACAUCAGAGAAUUCACAGUGGAGAGGAGCCCUAUCAGUGUAAUGACUGUGGCAAAACCUUCAAAAGAAGCUCAGCCCUUGUUCAGCACCAGAGAAUCCAUUCUGGGGACGAAGCUUAUAUAUGUAAUGAAUGUGGGAAGGCUUUUAGGCACAGGUCAGUGUUGAUGCGCCAUCAGAGAGUCCACGCUAUUAAGUUAUCCAACUCAGGUUGUUAUGACGAGGAAGAAACCAACCUGGCUUCUGAACUAAGGUCAAAGACAACUCCAGCAAAACCCGGAGUGAAGUCACGAUACAGGAACAUCUCCAGAUCCUCUCCACGCCACAGGCUUCUCACCAGUGUGGAUUUUGUGAUGUUCCAUAAGAACAGAACUUCUCCUAAAAGCUUUACCACAUUCAGCACAAUCAUAGUCUUUGUCUCCACUGUGAAUCUUCUUGUGCUGAAUGAGAGCCGUGCUCUGGCGGAAGGCUUUCCCACAUUCAUCACAACCAUAAGGUUUCUCUCCAAUGUCCCGUUGUGCCCCAUGGCGGCUUACUGCGAUGGUGAGAUGAAGAUCAAGAUUGGAGAGCCAGCUUCAGAGGAGGAAAUGACAGGGCAAAUUGAAGCAUUGACUGAAGAGUCUGUCAGCCUCAAGGAGGAUGUUCUCCAGAAUCCCCAAGGCAAAGAACUCUGUGAAUUUGGGGAUGAAUUGAAUGACCAGACGCUCUUUAAAAGACAGUAUAACUGUGAUGAAUGUGACCAAAGCUUUGCUUGGAAUACAGGUCUUAUUAGACACCAAAGAAAUCACUGGGAGAAACCUUAUGAAUGUGAUGAAUGUGGCAAGGCCUUUCGGAUAAGCUCAGCCCUGGUUUUGCAUCAGAGAAUUCAUACUGGAGAGAAACCCUAUCCUUGUAAUUGGUGCGUUAAAAGUUUCAGUCGGAGCUCAGACCUUAUUAAACAUCAAAGAGUCCACACUGGUGAAAAACCUUACCAAUGUGAUGAAUGUGGGAAAGCCUUCAGUCAGAGCUCAGAUCUUACCAUACACCAGAGGAUCCACACAGGAGAAAAGCCCUACCAAUGUAGUCAUUGUAGUAAAAGCUUUAGCCAGCGCUCAGGCCUGGUUAAACAUCAGAGAAUCCACACUGGAGAGAAGCCAUACAUGUGUAUCCAGUGUAGCAAACAUUUCAGUCAGAGCUCUGACCUCAUAAAGCAUCAGAGAAUCCACACCGGGGAGAAGCCAUAUAAGUGUAAUGUGUGUGGGAAAGCCUUUAGUCAGAGCUCCGACCUUAUUCUGCAUCAGAGAAUCCACACUGGGGAGAAGCCAUAUCCAUGCGCUCAGUGUAACAAAAGUUUCAGUCAGAAUUCAGACCUGAUUAAACACAGAAGGAUCCACACUGGGGAGAGGCCGUAUAAAUGUAGUGAAUGUGGGAAGGCUUUCAACCAGAGCUCAGUCCUUAUUCUGCACCAGAGAAUUCAUACUGGAGAAAAGCCCUAUCCAUGCAGUCAGUGUCCCAAAACCUUCAGUCGGCUCUCCGAUCUCACCAACCACCAGCGAGUUCACACUGGUGAAAGGCCGCACCCGUGCAGCCAGUGCGGGAAAAUGUUCAGGAGAAGGUCAGACCUUGUUAAACAUUACAGAACCCACACCGGGGAGAAGCCCUAUGAAUGUGAGGAAUGCGGGAAAACCUUCAGCCAGAGUUCCAACCUCAUUCUCCACCAGAGAAUCCACACUGGGGAAAAACCAUACCCCUGCAGUGGUUGUUUUAAAAGUUUUAGUCGCCGUUCAGAUCUCAUAAAGCAUCACAGAAUACAUACUGGAGAAAAACCAUAUAUAUGUAAUCUGUGCAAUAAAAGUUUUAGUCAAAGUUCAGACCUCACUAAACAUCAGAGAGUACAUUCUGGUGAAAGGCCCUACCAUUGUGAUAGUUGUGACAAAGCCUUUAGUCAGAGUUCUGACCUCAUCCUCCACCACAGAGUUCACACGGGAGAAAAACCGUAUGCAUGUGCAGAGUGCACCAGAAGUUUCAGUCAGAAGUCAGACCUCAUCAAACACCAGAGAAUCCACACUGGAGAGAAACCAUAUGAAUGCAAUGUGUGUGGGAAGGCUUUCAGUCAGUGCUCAGCUCUUACUCUCCAUCAGAGAAUCCACACUGGAGAGAAGCCAUACCCAUGUGCUCGAUGUGGCAAAAGCUUCAGUCGGCGCUCUGACCUCAUUAACCAUCAAAGAAUCCACAAUGAUGAAAAACUACAACUCUGAUCCCUGUGGGAAACCUUCAGCACUGUGAGCGAUCUUCCUGAACAUCAGAGGACCCAUGGAGAAGAAAAGUUCUACCCUUACUUUCAGGGCAGCAGAUGCUUUAACAAACCUGAUCUUGGUGAUUUUAAGCAAAUCCAUCCUACCGGGUGGUGGUGGCACGCAUCUUUAAUCUCGGCACUCGGGAUGCAGAGGCAGGCGGCUCUCGUAAGUUCGAGACCAUCCUGGUCUACAGAGCAAGCUACACAGCCAGGGCUACAUAGAAAUACCUGCCUUGGCGGGAAAAAGGAAGAAGAAAUGAGAAGUGAGGAGAAGGAAGAGGAAAAGAAGAUCCAUUCUGAGGGGAAGACUGCAUGCAUAAAUGUGAUAAAUUUGGGAAAACCCGUAGUAUACAAAUUCAGACGUCAUAUAAGAACAUAAUCUUCUCAAUGCUGUGAUGACAUGAAAAAGGUUUUAAUCAAACUCCAACCCAUGUUCCACUUAAAAAUGUUGGAAGAUGAAUUUUGUGGCAAUUUAACUUAGACCUGAGAAUUACUGAUAUUAAGGAAAUUCUGAGGAGUUCUGGGAGUUGUGUGAAAACCUUCAUGGUUUAUCUUUUUUUUUUUUUUUUUAAAGAAAACGAAGCUAGAAAUUCUUACCUUUGCUAUAAUCUAAGAAAAAUCUUUUAUUGAGAUACAAUUCACAAAGAUUUAUAUCAUUAUAAAAAUGUAUAACAUUAAUGCAGAAUUUAUCAAUUUUUAAAAUGUGGAAAAAUCUCAAAUGUCAGAGGGAAAUAUAUUCAUCUUAGAAUCUCAAACUUUACUGAGUCUAAAUUGCCAACUACAUAUCAGAAGUUAUUUUAGAGAAGGUAAGGAAACUGUAAAUCCUGUAAUUAAAAUAGUGCUAACCCUGACAGCACACAUGUGCCCGAUGCUCAUGCUGAGCAUCUAUAAAUUCCCUGUGUAACCCCGUGCCACUUUUGUCUCAGGAAUUUGUAAAGAAAUGUAUGUAAAAACUUGACUAUUUUUCCAUCUAUUGAACAAAAAUGCAACUGCGGUAUUGCAGUAAUGUAAAUACAGUAGUUCUGUAGUACCACAGAGGAUGUCCCAAGGCAUAGAACUUUAUCAGUCAGCUGAUAAUCUUGCUAAAUUCAGUUAGACCAUGAUUAGGCAAAGUGCAUCACCCCUGGUGUUAGUACUAGAGUUUUUCACUUCCUAACUCUAACAGCUCCAAACUUUUGAGUGUCAGUGACUCAAAUCCUAGUGUUAUUGUCUUGGCUGAUCUUCUUACAGCCUGCCAGAACCAUCACUUAGCAGCAGUUCUUGUCAUUUUGUCAAUAGAGAUAGCUGUUCCCAUCACUGGUAAUAAGCUACUUUCAGUGAUAACAGCCCUAAGGGAACCAGUCAGCCUGCUUUAUCCAGAAAUCAUAAAUAUGCAAAAGCAUCCAGAGAGAUGUCAUUGGUAUUUGUGCUUUAGCAAUGCAUGGGCUGACCAGAUGAGGAGAGAAGGGGCAGAUUGUAUAGGCAAAAGGAAUAGACUUUCAUGGUGUCCUGUUGAUGAACCGCAGAUUUUAUGCAAUUGUAGGUUGUGAGCAGGGGAGGGAGGAGUGCUUUAUUGAUAUGAAUAGAGACAACUGAAGUGGCUAAAGGAUGGCAGCAUCAGCUGGUAGAAACCUGCUCUACAGGCAGAGCGAAGCCUCACUGCGGUUCUUGUGCAUUUCAGAAGAUGCUGGCCUUCUGUAUCGCUUGGUCGGUAUUGCAUUCCUAACACCAUUUCCUUGCUUAAACACUUACUGUGCAGUGUGUCUAUAACUUGCAUUUUGAGAUUCCAGAAUAAUACAUUUUUCUCUUCACAAUUUCACAAAAGAUUCAUUCUUACUAUAGACCUAAAAAUAUCCUCAGAAGUUUUUUCUUCCCUCAAAUGAAAACCUCCUUUUUCACUUACAGAUGAUAAUGCUGUCUUCUCUUCCUAUCUUAAUUGUCAGCGCCAUUGCCAUUGUUCAGUAAAGCAAGGAUUAUUUGAACAUAAGCAAUGGGAGUACAGAGACUGAAUCUGAUGACCCAGACAGCUACCAAGUGAAGAAUAAUACGUGCAAAAUGGACACUCAGGAGAAGGCACUGUUUCACAUGCUAGAGGCUGUACAGAAAGGAGGAUUCAAGGUUUCACCAUAUUGCUCAGAAACUGAAUUGUCUCUAGAAUUUUAAGAACAAGGUGAACUAGGUAACUCAAACUUCAGAAAAGAAAACCACAGAGGUGACAAUAUUUGACUAUCAUCUCUGACAUGUAAUUUCUAAAAUCCUUGGACAUCCCUAAGUUAUAAGAACAAUUAAGAUAGGGCCUGAAGAAAUGAUUCAGCAGUCAAGAACACUGGCUGCUUUUCCAAAGGAGUUGGGGUCAAAUCCCAGCACCCACAUGAUAGCUCACAGCUAUCUAUAACUUUAGUUCCAGAGGACCCAAUGCCUUCUGGCCUCUGAAGCCACUGGGCACACAUGAUGUACAUCAAGACAAAACACCAUAUACAGAAAGAUUUGUAAAUGUUUUUAAAGAACAAUUAUCUUCUUACAACAAACCCCCUUUGUCAAUGAAGUAACAUUGGGAAGACCUUCGAACCGUGGGAGCUGGUUGCCAGGGAAACUAAAACUCAGUGCCACUCUGCCCCAACUUGACCUCCAAGAAAGAAGAGCUGGAGAUAAAGUUCAAACA